AUGGACGAAUUUCGCCUCUCGCGGCGUCCUCCUUCGCAGGAGCGACGCCCUGGAGGCGCGCUCUCAGCGACAGGCCUCUCUGCUGCAGCUCCUCAGCGGCCGCCUCCCUCGCUGCCUCUCUCCCUUUCUUCCUUCUCCGCCCGUCCGCCAUCUGGCGUGGUGUCCCGUGUACCUCCGUCUGGCGUGGUGACUCUCUCCACAGAAGAGAGGAGAGCGGGGUUUGCCGGCGCCGCGUGUCGCGGGCCUCUUGAGCGCACAGGGGCCUUCGCUGCCUCCGCGACGAGCGCCCAUGCGCACGCGACCUCUCCUGUAAAGAUACCUGCCUCGCUGACGUAUUCGUCCGCGGCGCUGCGCACUCCGUCCUCGGCCGCGUCCCGCGGAGCUGCCGGCGCCUCGCAAACGGGUACAGGGGGGGCCCGGGGUGCUGCGACCCCGCAGCUGCGCCUGGAGCCCGCAAAGCCCUGGGCGAGUUUCCAGCGGACUCAGCAGGAGAAGGGCUGCCGGCUAGCGGAGGAAACGAGGACAAGUCUCCGCGAGACUGACACAGCGGCCGACCGCUGCGACAGUCUCGCACGUCCUCUUGAGUCUGCCGCGCAACCUCUGCCUGCCUCGGCGCGCGCGCUUCUUCAGAGGCCUUCCUCGAUUUCGUCUUCGUGCGCGUCGGACGCGGGCUCCAGUCCGUCUUCUUCCGCAUCGUCUGGCUUUGCGCAGGCGCCAGGUUCCGCCUCUGCAGGCGGCGGGGCGGACUCGCUCGGCGGCGCCCAGCGCGCGUGGGCGUCUUCGGCGCGGGCUACGAGGCGUAUCUGCGAGAAUGCUUUUUCGUCCUCUUCUUCGCCGUCUUGCCUCCCGUCUUCUAACUCCUCCACUGCGUCUGGCGCCCGUCUUCCUGAGGCCCCGCGGUCUGGAGGGGCUGUGACGCUGCAGUACGACUCUCUGCAGUCGGGCGCCGGCGCCUGCGGCGCGGCUCCAUCUCGCGCGUCUCAUCCGCCUUCGGCGCCGCUCGACGUCGGACUGACUUCACUGUCUUCUUCUUCAGCGUCUCUCUCCUCUUUCUCCGCCGCGUCUCCCCCGCCUCGCUCUCAUCCGCUUUCGGCGUUUACUUCGGCCUGCCGCAGCAUCGCGCCCUCGUCGCUCAGCUCGCCCGCGACGCUGGGCGCAUCGGCGCCUCCGUUCCGUCCUCUCCUCCCUCUUGCGUCGGCUGCGCCGCUCUCCGCCAGCGCAGCCUUCGAGGAGGCGCGCGCGCGGAGCCUCGAAACGACUUCGGCGCGAGUCCGCACAGAGGCCGACGCCGACCGAAAACAGACAGAAAUCACGCGAGAAGAAGCGCGAGGAAAUCGAGCGAGAGAAGAAGCGUUUGAAACGCACUGCGACAAGCGCAUGCGCGAAGAAGGAGACGCGAGCAGAGAUGUGACAGAGAGGAAAACCCGAGAGAUAAGCGCAGAGCGCGACGAGGCGAAGUGGCUUCACGUGGAUGUCGUGGAGGGCGGCAGCAGCACGGGGCGUGACGUGAAGACGGGCGAGGAAGACACGCGAGGCGACACAGAAAGCGACAAAAAGGAACCGCGCGGAGACACCUGCGAAGGGGCAGAAGAUGUAUUCCCGCUCCACAGCAAAAUUUUCGGCAGGUUGUCUGGCGAACAGAGAAAGGUCGUCCUCGCCCCGCCAGAUGCCAAUCUGUGCGUCAUCGCCGGCCCAGGUUCAGGGAAAACAAGCGCAAUUGCGGCGCGCAUCAUUCGCCUGCUUCUUCUGAACCGAGGCCCGGUAUUGGCGCUGACCUUCACCAAGCGCGGCGCCGACGAGCUCCGCGAGCGCGUCUUAGCCGGCCUCUCCGCGACCCUGGAGGAGCUCCGCCUUGCGCACGAGGCACGAGAAGACGCAAAAACCUCGCCGCUGCAGUGGGAGACGAAAAACGAAGCGGGAAGGACGCGAGGGCGAGAGGCAGACCGGAGCAUCUUCUCGUGCCCUGCCGUCGACGUCGCCGGGAGCGAGGCGUCUCUCGAGAGUAGCAGAUACCCGCCCUCCGUCCUCCCCUUCGCCUCCGUCUUCCGCAAGCCUCACUCUACCAAGCCCUCCGCGGCGCCGGCGCUUGCCUAUUCGUCGGCGGCCUGCGCUUUGUUUCCCUCCACGUCGUCUUCUGCCGCGCCGUUUCCUGUUUCUUCGGGUACUCUCUCGCGGCCGCUUCCCGCGCCGGCGGCAUCUGCGCCGGAGCUACCUUCAGCGCGCCCGUCGCGCGGCUCGAGCGGGCUGCCUCUUUUCUCGGAUCUGGCUGGGCGAGUUUUCGUUGGAACUUUUCACAAAUUCGGGACUCUCCUGCUGCGGCGCUACGGGCGCGCAGUCGGCGUGGCUUCGUCGUUUCUGAUCGCGACGACUAGCCGCCAGACGCAGCUCGCUCGGACCGUGUUGGAGGCGUUCAAGGAGCGCGAGGAGGCGGAGGAGAAAUUCGGGAAAGAUCCCGAAAAAUUAUGGAGAAAAAAAGAGGCAGGCGGACGGGGAGGCGGCGGCACGGCGAGCCGAAGCCUCGAGGCGACGUUUCAGCAGCUCCGCCGCAGUCACCUGGUGAAGAUGCAGCGAGCGGCCGAGGAGAAGCAACGCGAACGCAAACGCGCGCAGCUCCUCGCCGCGCAGCGCCCAGAAGACCUAGCGAUCGGGGCGCAGCCGCGAAGAGAAGAUGAGGCGGAGGCCCUCGACGCUUUCGAGGAAGAAGACGAGUUCCUCGACUUUCUCGCGGACGACGAAGAGGAGGAGGACGACGCAGCUGUUGGAGGCCUCGUCGGCGGGGCGAGACGCGAAACCGACUGCGGAGACGUGAGCAGCCGGGAGAAGAAGCGGCGCUUCGGCGCUUCGAAAACCGACGCAGGUCGCGGGCACGCUGCCUCCUCGGCGUUCUCAGCGUCAUCUUUUUUUGACUGUCCUGGGGGUCCUGCGGGGGACUGCGGGUCGCGGCGAGCGAAGACGACAUGGAAGGAGGUGGAUAUGUUUCUGCGGCUGGUGAGGAAAGCAAAGUUUUCAGAGACGUUUCGCGACACGCUGAAGACGGAGAAUGCGAGUCUCUUCGAGCUCACAAGGCAGUACGGAGAGCUGCUGCGUCGCCAGCAGCCGCCUCUCCUCGACUACGCAGACCUCAUCCUGCAGACGCUGAGGCUGCUCGAGGGUCACGGAGAAACGCGCAGAGAAGUCGGCACGAACUUCCCCAUCGUCUUCGUUGACGAGUUCCAAGACACCAGCCUCUCGCAGUUCAAAAUCGUCAAGGCGCUCGCGCGUGGGCGCCGCGAGGCCGAGGCAACAGACGAGGGACGCGCAGAGGCAGCGCAGCCGCACAGGGCCCCGAGCGAUCCUGGAGACGUCGCGGUUCCUGCCUCGUCAGUCAAACGGGAGCGAGGGGAAGGGACCCCAACGCCGAGACCCAAGAGGACAGGCGGCGUGACGGUUGUCGGCGACGACGAUCAGUCCAUUUACGGGUUUAGAGGGAUCGACGCAAAGAAUUUUUGCAUGUUUGGCCGCGCGUUCCCGAACCGGCUUGAGCUGCAUCUUUCCUGCAACUACCGGUCGGUCGCGCCGAUCGUAUCCACGAGCUUGGCGCUGAUCAGUCAAAACCGGCAGCGCCGCCUCAAGCGCCUCCACCCCGCAGCCUGCGCGUCGGCCCUGGCGUUCUUCGCGGCGUACCUUUUCCGCGAGUGCCCGCCUGCAGCUUUGUCUGGCGCGACUUCCGCAAAGCCCGAAGACUUUUCCGGCGCCGCGGCAGCCUCUGGCAGCUCCUUCAAGCGCGCCUCUGCGGGCGUCGGGCUCGCUGAGGCUCCCGCCGCGGCCGCCCCGCCCCCUCCUUCUGUUUCCGCGUCGUCCGCCGCCUCGCAUCUCUCGCCGCCGUCUUCGUCUGCUGGCGCGGCGCGCGGCCUCCCUGAUAUCUCGGCUUUUCCGCGCCCGUCGUCCGCGCCGGCUGGCGCAGCGUCUGUCGUGGCGUCUGCGCCGUCGCCGGCGGCGCUUGCGCUCUUGCCCCCUGUGCUCUGUGCGGUGCUCGCCUCACCCAAGGCGGAGGCCGCGUACAUCCUCCGCUUCAUCGUGGCGCUGAAGCAGGCGCGGAAGCUCUGCUGGGGUGACUUUGUGAUUCUCUGCCGGACAAACCGCGGCCUGAAGGAGCUCGAGGACCUGCUGCAGGAUCCACAAGUUCUGAAAACGGCGUUCGGCGCCUCCCUCGUCGACGGCGGCCCGCUGCCGGUCGUCCUCGCCUCGCACCCCCCGGGCGGCGCCGAGGCGCGACGCGACGAGUCUGUGCCGCGAGUGUCUCCGCUGGCGCCGGCGCUGUGGUAUCGCCCGGAGCGGCCGCCAGAUCCCGCGUUGCUCUGUCCGCGCUGGAGCUCUCAGGCUUUCCCGUCCGCGCUGCCGCUGCACAGCACGGCUCUCAAGGGCCGCGGCACGCAGCUCCUGCGGAAGCCGCAGAUGCUUCUCGUCUUCGCCUACUUGCGCCUCGCCGUCGACGUGCACCACGACGCCUCCUUCCUGCGCGCCCUGAACCAGCCGAAGCGCGGUCUUGGUCUCGCCGUCGUCCGCGCCCUCUGCGCGGCGCUCGAGAGCCUCGAAGACCGCAAGCCGGGCGCCGACGCCGAGACUCCGGACGCGCGGCGAGAUGCUGGUGGCCGCCCCAAGCGGAAGCGCGACGCAGAAGAAGAAGGUGCCGAAGCCGCGGGCGCAGGAAAGGAGACGCUAGUCAGUUGGGACGCCAAAUGGCGAGAAGGGCCGCUCGAGGGCAUUGAGCACGUCCGGCGAGCCCAGGGGAAAGGCCUCGGCGUCUUCGGGCACACAGACUCGAGUCUGGAGCCCAGGAUGUUUUCGCUCUUCGAGGCGGCGUGCGCCCUCACGGGAUUCGAACCCGAGUGCGACAAGCCGGGGGGAUCCGCUUCCGCUUCGCCGUCACGCGGAGCGUCUCUGAGGAGGCGCGCGAAAUGCCCCGCGGCAGCCCACAGGAAGCUGCGCGAAUUCCUCAGCCAGCUCGUCGAGCUGCGGAAAGCUGCGCUCAGACCGUCAGCGACGGCGGCGGACGUGCUGCUUUUCGUGUUGAAGGACAUGGGCCUGGAGGCGUUCCUGGUCGGCGCGCGCGACGACGGCGUAGCGAGCGACGCGGAGACGCAGGCGGCGAAUGCGAAACGAAAGGGAGGCGAAAAGAAGACAGCCUCGUCGCCCGACGCAGACGCCCCGGCGCAGGACGGGGUGGAGUGCGAGAGCGGGGCAAGCAGAGCCGCGGAGGCAGACUCAGGGCCUCCUUCGGCGAGUGGAAGGCCGAAGAAGAAGCCCAGGAAGCGGAAGGUCGCGCAGGACGUCGGUGACGCGCCAGAGGACCGGCAGACGAAGACGGCUCGCGAGGAGGCGAGGGCAGGGCACGCCGCAGUCUCGCUCGGCGCGUUGUCGCUGAUUUCCCACGGCAAACUGGAUCCCGUCUGGGCGCUCCUGCGGAUUGCGGAGACCUACACGCCCAACGCCUACCAGCCGACGGGGCUGGACUGCGUGACGAGGCUUCUGAAAGACACCGCGAACGAGCGCUGCCGAGGAGAGGAUGCCUUCAGCGCCCAGCGACGAGACACGAUCUUCCUCUCCACGAUUCACCAAGCGAAGGGCCUCGAAUGGCCAGUCGUCGUCCUCGCGAAGGCUCAGGAAGGACACCUGCCCCUGUCGAGUGACGAGGGAUCCUCUUCUUUCGUCCCUGCGCACCGCCCCGCGCUCGCCUCCGCCUCCUCCUCCUCUUGCGCCUCUGUCUCUGCGUCUAUUGACGCGGCCUCCACGACUUGGGAGUCGCUGCAGCGCGAGCCUGGGAGGCGACCGCCUUCUGCGCCUUCGGUCUCGUCGUGCCCUGCGUUCUCUGCCUCUGCGGCCGCUGCCGCUGAGGCGGCGCAGCGACGUCUGCAGGAGGCGCGCAUGCGCGCGGCCUCGGCGGAGAAGGAGCGGAUGGAGGAGAAGGAGCUCGAGGAAGAGCGCAGACUCUGCUACGUGGCUCUGACGCGAGCAAAGAGUCAAAUCCUGGUCACGGCCUCGCGGACGGACAAGAGCGGACAGAGUCUCCGCCUCUCGCGCUUCGUUGUCGAGGCAAAGGCCUGCCACUUCCACCCCCUCUCCUGGCAGCCCCCCUUCGAGAAGGGCCUCUUGGCCGCCGAGUCUGGGGCGAGGGCGCUGCGGAAGGAAACGAAGGCGCGGCGAGAGAUCGACUUGGCGCCUUUGACGAAGGGCGCGGGUGCAACAAGCGGAACUCGACUUGAGGGAGAGAGCGCAAGGAAGACGCACCGAGAUGCGGACGGCGCGAGGGAGAAGGAGGGAAAGAGCCCAGGGAGGGGCGCGGCGGACGGGGGACGCGCUCGCGGGACUCUGGAGCCGCUUCCCCGCGGGGCAUCUUUAGAAUUCCACGGCGGCGACGAAGGCCAGAUUCGGUUGAAGGAGGAGCAAAACAGAGGGGCGAACGGGAUGUCAGACAAGAGAGAAAAGCAUCACGCGGCAAGCGACCCCCCUCAUGCUGUAGACGCAGAGAGUUUGGCGGAAAGUUGCUGCAUGCGGGAGGGCUCUCCUGAGCACGCAAAUGACCUGCAGGCUCUGAGGCCCGCUGCACUCUCUGGCAAGGUGUCCACGGCCUCAUCCGGCGCCCGUGCGUCUUUCCCGUCUUCCGCAGGCUGUUUGGCUGCGGCCGCGUCCUGUCGCCGUUCGCCGGCUUCAUCGCCUUCUGCGUCGCCCCCCGCGCCGCCUCUUCUUCCGUUUGAGGCUCCCUGUCGCUUGCCUUCCGCGUCCCUCCCGCCUUGCCCGGAGCUUCCUGCAUCGGCCUCGCUGGAGGAGCUGAGCCCUCGCGCUCAGUCAUCUUCUGCGCCUUCAGCUGCCUCCUUUUUGGGCGCCGCGAGUUCGUCUUCGUUUUCCCCCACACCGCCUUGCGACGCCGCAUUGCCGGUCUCAUCUGCGCCUCCAUUCGCCUCAGCAGCAGUGCCUCCCGUUGGCCUCGGUCAGUUAUCGGCUCCGACUCUGCGUCCUGAUGCCUCUUCGGAGCCGGUCGCUGGAGAUUCGCCCUCUUCGUCGCCCUCCUCGCCUUCACAUCGCAGCAGCUUGCCUGCUUGCGUGGAUGCGUCGCCCCUUCUCCGCGCGUCCGCUCCCGAUGAGACUUCGUCUGGUGAGAGGCCUCUUUUUUCUCCGUCGCGCCGGUUCGCCUGGAGGUCUGCGAGUGGCGACGGCGGAAGCGAAGGAGGCUGCGAGGUCGGGGUGCCGAAAAAUUCAGAAAAACUCCUCGAGAACGCCAUCUGCGGGAGACUCAAGAACAGCGUCGAACGGGGCGACGUGGAGCCCCUUCUCGCUGCCCUCGCGGAGGCGGGGAAUCCGAGCGCAGAAGAAAGCGAAGACGACAGCUCGGCAACAGACGCAGAAAUUGAUGCGGAGAAAUUCGAGUCGAGCGGUGAGGAGCAUCCAGAAGGAACGUGUGCGGCAUGGAAUUACGAACACGAAGACUGCCCUCUUGAGGACGCAGGAGAAGCCGAGACGAAGGCUGGCGCGCUCACACGCUGCGACUCAGAGAACGAAGUGGAUAUAACUGUAGUCGAGCUCGAUGACGACGAAGUCGAGGGAGAAGAAGUCGCAGAGGCCUGUUGUGGAAGCGGAGGGGGGGAGACGAAGGAAGGAUGGCAAGAGGCGCGGGAGAGUCUCGCGACUUCACAAGCUGCCGAAAUCGUCGUUGUCGAGGCCAAUGCAUGCGAGGCGGAGAAAGACGACGACGAAGUCGACGCAGAAGAAACGCGAAAAGAUGAGACCGCAGGGCGUCACGCGACAGCCGGAGAAGUCGCCGGCUUUGCGCAAGCAGAGUCAGGCCUCGCGAGCGCAGAGCGCGGGAGAGAGUACCAAGAAAAGAAAGAGAAGAAAACCUUGAAUGACGCAGACUGGAGACAGGGCGCCGAGAUGGGCGCUCGGAGCGAAAUACAGGCCCAGCGGAGACGCGAACGAAGAGCAGAGAAAACUCGAAACGAAGCGCGUGGCGCACAUGCGAAGGACGUCUUCACAGAUGUCCAGAAAGAAGCUGAACCCGAAGUGAUUUCGAUCGAUGAAGACGAUGAAGCGCAAGCCACAGAGACUACCGAAGAACGGACAACAAUGGCUGCGCCAAGCGAAUCGGUUCAGAGAGAAAGGCGUGCGGGUCUUACGAGUCAAGAGCCCAAUGCGCGCGAUCACUCCAGCGCCGCGCCCGGUGACGACUUCGAAAAAGGAAGAAGGCGCGACCGCGAAAGCAGCUCGCGAUCCGAGUCUGGCGCCAGGAUGAGAGAGGAAGGCUUCGAGGACGACAGAGACGACAGAGCGCAAGGAGAGAGCGAGAGUUUUGACGAUUCCCAUGAAGACGUGAGUCUGAAGAGGGACUCGAAGAGCAAAGUUCGCUUCGCCGACGCCAGCGAACUCGCGCGCCACUCGACGCGAGCGUUGGCGUCUCCUGGCAGGCUUGCAGCGACCCAGCGGACCAAGCUUCCGAGCUCCAGCGACUCCGACCCGGCAGCGCCUCUCGCGCCUCCUCUGUCUUCGCCUUCCUCGUCAGAGUCUCCCGCUCCUGCUGAGGCCUCGUCGGCGCUUGAGCAGGCCUCUUGUCUGGCGGGCGCUGCGGCGCCAUCCCUGUCUGAGGCCCUGCCCAGUCGCGUCGGCGGGUCGGCGCCUGGCGGGCGGCCCUGGCGGCGUUUCUUGUUGAAGAAAAAGUGA